AUAAGCAAAAGCGGAAGUGGCUAAUACUUCAUAUUUAAUAUAAGGAGACCGACCCAUCAAAACAAACAACAGCACUGACAUUACAGCUUGGCUAGCUGUUGAAUAUAUUUACUGGUUAUCAUGUUGAAAUCAUGCUGCAUAUACUGCACUGGAAUAUUUUCUAUUUUAAUUCUCAUUUUAGGCAUUUCAUUGGUGUUGUCAGGCGCGUUUCCACAUUUCCUUCAGGCGCUGGUUAAAAAGGAGGUCAUUUUGAAGAAUGGCACAGAAGCAUUCAAUGCUUGGGAGAACCCACCAGCUCCCAUCUACAUGCAGUUUUACUUUUUUAACUUGACCAACCCACUAGAGGUCCUGGAUGGUGAUAGGCCUGCUGUAGUGGAGAUUGGGCCAUACACUUACAGGGAGUAUCGACCAAUGGAGGAAGUCAGCUUUUCAGAAAAUGGAACCAAAGUAUCAGCUGUCAACACUAAGACUUACAUAUUUCAGCCAAACAUGUCAAGAGGCCCAGAGACUGAUCUGAUCAGGACUGUUAAUAUUCCUGCAAUGACUGUCAUGUACAAAUUCAAGAAUGAAGCUGUUCUUGCCAAUUUAAUCUCAUCUUACAUGAAGUCCUUAGGCGAAGGACUGUUUACCACCCGAACUGUUGGGGAACUUCUCUGGGGCUAUGAAGAUGAACUACUGAAAGCACUCAAGAAAUUUAAACCAGAUAUUGAUUAUGUUUUUGGGCUCUUCUACAAAAAUAAUGCUUCCAAUGAUGGAGAAUAUGUUUUUUUGACUGGUCUGAAAAAUUACAAAGACUUUGCUAGAGUGGACACAUGGAAUGGUAAAAGCUCCUUGGAUUGGUGGACGACUGAUGAGUGCAACAUGAUUAAUGGCACCAAUGGAGCUUCUUUUCACCCUGUUAUCACUAAAAGUGAGACGCUCUACAUGUUUUCCUCAGAUCUGUGCAGAUCUCUGUAUGCAGAAUAUGAAGAGGAUGUUACCGUAAAAGGCAUCCCUGGAUAUCGUUUUAGUCCUCCUGGUAAGGUCUUUGCAAAUUUGACAGUCAACCCAGACAAUGCUGGUUUCUGUGUUCCUGCUGGAAAUUGCCUGGGCUCAGGAGUGCUCAAUGUCAGCGCAUGCAAACAAGGGGCACCAAUCUUGAUGUCCUCCCCCCACUUCUAUCAAGCUGAUGAUAAAUUUGUCCGUGAUGUCUUUGGCAUGAGUCCUAAAAAGGAAUGGCACCAAACCGCCAUUGAUCUUAAUCCGUUGACAGGAAUUGUUCUACAAGCAGCCAAGCGCCUCCAGGUCAAUGCCUUUGUACAGAAAUUGGGUGUUUUCAGUCAAACUGGUAAUGUAAGGACCGUGGUCUUCCCUGUGGUUUGGAUCAAUGAGAGUGUUGUUAUUGACGAUGCCUCUGUGCUGAAGCUAAAGACUGUUAUGGUGGAGCAGACUGUUUUGGUGAAUAUUCCCUUCAUGUUGAUUGGCCUGGGCAUCCUGAUAGGACUGUUCUAUAUGCUCCUCAUGUGUCGACAGAAGAUUCCUGAGUGUACACCUGCUGAAAGACAGCCCCUCCUUUCAUCUUAGCAAUGCAAAGAAGCUUGUAAAGCUUGCCCUUUGCAGCUAAUACCUCUAAUGCCAAGUUUUGUAAUUUCGUACAAUUUAUAGACAUGGCUUUUUAUUUGUAAAUAUUGGUGCACUAUGAGCAAGUUUACUGGUAAAUUUAAAGGGAAUUAUUACACAUAGGCCAAAUUGUACUAUUAAUUCUUUUCAUUUAAAUAUGACAAAAUAGAUCAAAACAUUUUAUGAUUUUACGACAAAAUGAACAGGCAGUUUUAACCAUACCAUAUCUUUAUAGGCGCUGGUUUCCAUACUGUGAUACACUCAGAGGUACGCGUAGACUUAGGGGGUACAUGAGGAGAGUGGGGAAAAAACAAAAUUGACAUUUUUAAGAAUUUUUGCUAUUUGGACCUCUCGUGUUGUCCUAAUUAUGAUAAUUGUGGUUCAAAAGCUUUACUAUAAUCAAAAGUCAUACUAACUAUUAUGCAUUAUAUGACGUGCACAGCAUUCAUAUUUUCUUCAGAUAUCUUGGAUUAGGGGGUACAUGACUGAUCAUCAGAAGUAUCAGAGGGUACAUGACUCAAAAAAGAUUGGGACCACUGCUCAUAGGUAUUUGUUUUGGCUGCCUGUGCAGAGAUACAGUGGUUUAAGUAAUAAUACUCUGAUGUGUUAAACUGUGAGCCAUAAUCACCCAGAAUCUUGUCUGAUUAUCUUGUCAGGAACACUGAAUAAUUCAGUAGUUAGGUACGUUAUUGAGCAUAAUUACAUUUUUUGAGAAGAGUUGAAUUGUUCCUGUAAGUAACUUGCCUAAAACAUUUGUUGACUUCUCUACUUGACCACAAACAGUAUUAGCUGAGCUCAGUUUUGUGUGACGUUGUGCUUGUUAUACUUCAUAUAUUAUUACUCCACACUACAGAUUUUACAGACUGCAAACUUUCACUAUUCAUAGGUCAAAUAUCUAGCCAACAGUGUGUUACGUUAACAUCAGAUAUGUUCAAUAAAUAUGUUAAAAUGU